CCAGAGAAUAAUAUAUACUUUCAAUUUUGUAUCUGGGGCUUCUGGCUGAGCCAGGUGUGCGCUGUCCAUGUUACAUGCAUUGCGACGGUCCCGUCCAGCAGCAGCAGCAGCAGCAGCAGCCGAGCAAAAAAGCAAGGCAGGGCGGCCGAAAGUUCCAGGGCAAGCCAAAUGCGCGCGGCCGAUCGCUGUCCUGGACUCGGCUGUCUUGCUUUCCAUCGGAUCAGACCCUGACGACCCACAACCAACCCGCUGCCUCGCGCUUGCUGACGAUGGAGAAGAAGCAGCUGUCUGCCCCAGUCAAUACAGCCAUUGCGGGCGAGCCUGCUGCUACUACCGCCGCCGCUGCUACCGAUGCUGUUGCUGAAGCUGCUGUUGGAGAAACCCGCCGUCUCGCGGCUCAGGAAGACUCGGAUGCUGUGCGCGAGGCCUAUCUGGCGCUCCUCCAUGCCGUCUAUCUCGGAUCGAACGUCAUAUCCAAAUACAUCCAAGAGCAACCCCUCGCUCGCAAGGAUAUUGCCCUCAGGCUCGCUGGCACGGGAGAAGCGCAUACAGCGGCGACGCUGCGUGCUUUGCCUGGCCCACAACCAGGCGAUCAGAAGGAUGCCAAGGCUUUGGGGCUGUCGCAGAAGGACACUGCCGGAACAGCGGACUUGGGCCGACCAACGAUGGCUCGUGACAAUAGCUCUCAGCCCACAAAAGAGCUGGUCUACUCCAUCUAUCCGAUCUGGUGGGGCCAUGAGGAGCAUCAACCUUCGCACAAGUCUCGACGGCGGCUCCAUGGAUACCGCAAGAGCACCGGCACAACCACCAGCGCAGGGCAGGCCGCUGACGACCUCAGCGACGAAACACCAUGUCAAGAUAAAGCCGUCCCGUUCCAGAUCCUUACAGACCCCAGCGUCCGCAGCAGCAGCCGGGAUCGUCAAGCUCCUGCACAGCCUGUGGUGGUUGUCUCGGGCUUUUCAUGUCCAAAGCGCAUGAUCGACGAGUGCACCCAAACCUACGCAUCGGCUGGGAUCGAAGCGGAAGCGAGUCCGUCGCUGCGCGGGUCAGGCGCUCAACCACCAGCAGUAGGACUACUGAAGCCGGGAUCUGGGCUACUGAAGUCGGGAUCUGGGCUACUGAAGUCAGGAUCUGAACCGUUGGAGUCGACGUCUCGCCGCCGCUCUGUGGACGGCGCUUCAGACACGGGCGAUGCAAAAGAACCAUCGGCGCCGGGCCAGGAUAGGGCCACCAGCUCGGCUUGGACAUCGACAUGGAUUUCCCAUGAAGACAGGGCUGGUCCCUCACAAGCAUCGGUUGCUGAUACCCGUGUGCAGCCCAAGCAGCGAGGAAGGUCUGACCGUAAGCGUGUGGAGCGAGCCGGACAGCAAGCAUCCAGCCGAGCCCGACUCGAUCAUGUGCCUCCCUCAAGCGAGGCUGUGCAAUCAACGGCCGGCCGGGCUCGGUUGAAGGAGCUACUGGAUGUCUCGGUGUUGGCCGAUCUGGGAGCGAUCGAAAUGACGAUGAACAAGCGCAUCAUUGACAUUGCGACCGAGUUUCUCGAGUCGGAAGUAAUUGGCAUGCUGGAGGUGAUCGACGGGGACGGCGUUGCUCCUGGAGACUGCCGCGGGAGGUUUGGAUCUUUCCGAGACGAGCUGGCUCUCGAAUACAUAGAUGUGAUACCCGCAGCGUACGCCCGACGGCGCCAGCACCGGGUCAUUCCAAAGAACAGGGACCAACAAGGCAGUGUUUAUGCGGCCGGCCUGCACGACGCCGCUGCCUGUGCAGGAAAGCGAUGCGACGAAGUGCCUUCCUGCACUGAACUGUCGUGGAAAGGAGCGGGGCAACGAGCGUUGACAACGGACGGCAGCGAAUGGGGGCUCGGUGGGUUCCUGGGUUGGCGUCGAGUCCCUGGCUACCAGAUCCAUGCCAGCAAAGAUUGCGGCGAAGGCGUCGGCUGGCUCGACGGAGUUGCUGUCGAUACUGAAAGCCACAGACGAUGCAGACGAGCGGUCGGAGCAACGAGCAAUGGCUCGACUGAGGCGAGCCUGGGCAGCCCGGGAAGGACCUCGCUGUUUCGAGGGCCAGCCAGAUCGGGCUGA